AUUGUAACAUAUAAUAAUUUCAUCCAACUAAUUAUUCGAAAUAACGAAACCUUCAUCCCUUCAAUCCACCAACGAAAAAAGGAAAAGACUUUCGUAAAAAAAAAAAAAUAAAAGGAAACCGCAAGAGGAAGAGACGAAAUACACAAACGCAUGGAAGAUACCAUCGACUCGUCGAAAACAGAGAACAGCGUCGAGGAAUUUCACGCGUGCAGAGUGGAGGAUUUGAAACGCCGCCCCCAAUGCCGUCUGAAUCUCACCCUCACUCGCGAAACAGCAUCACGCGGGUUCGUUUAAUAUUGCAUUCACCGUGACACCGGUGUCUGGCAGCCGUAGAUAAACCGGCGAACACGUUUCGCUUGGUGAGCAUCAGAAAGGGCCGAUCUAAAAAAUUCACGACGCCUCGAUCGCUCGAUAUCAGGCACGAGGAACGCCGAGAGAAACGAUUCUGGCUGACACGCAUACUUCUCUACCUCUUUCACCUCCUCGAAAAAUGAUGCUCGACCAUCGUUAAGUCUCAAUGAGUUUUCCACCGUAUCUUUCUUUCUUUUUUCUCUUUUUCUUUUUUCACUCUGAGAAAAUCGAGCAUUUCUUUAGAAAAGAAUCGAGAAAAAGUAACCAGACUGAGGCCAAAACAACUUUGAAUAUUGUUCGAUUCUUCGAGGAUAUUGUGACUGUGCAAUUUCAUUGGUCGAAGGGCGAGACGUCUAUUGGGUUUGGGUUUCAUGGGGUUGAAUGGUGGACGUGAGGAGAGUUUGAAGUAGUUUCGAUGUUUUGUCGAGCAAACCAACAACUGUGUGAUGGUGCAAUAAGGUGUGCCACAGGCCACGUUUUCCCGGUGCAUCGCGCUAUUUUAUCCGCGGUCAGCCCAUACUUCAAGGCUCUCUUCACCAACAGCCUGAAAGGCGGGAAGACGGAAACCACGGAGGUCGCGAUUGAUUCGGUCCCCGGGAAAAUUUUCAGCCUGAUCCUCGAUUAUGCUUACACUGGCACAUGCAACGUGAACGCCGACAAUGUCGAACAACUUUUACCCCUCGCCGACCAAUUCGAAGUCCUGGGUGUCGUUCAGCUCUGCUGCCAGUUUCUUUUGCAGGAGCUUCGCCCGGAAAAUUGUUUGGGAAUCUUCAAAUUCGCUCGUCACUAUUUCUGCCGCGACCUAGAAGAGAAGGGCCGGAAAUACAUUCGCCAUCAUUUUAAGCGGAUACUGCAAGAGAGCCCGGAAUUCAAAGAGCUGACGAGCAAAGAACUUGAGGCGAUUCUACGUGACGACGAGUUGAACGUUAAAAACGAAGAAAUAGUUUUCGAGGCUGUUAAAACCUGGCUCGAGCAUAACGUCGAUGAAAGAAGGCCUUAUUUACCCAGGCUCUUGAAAUGUGUGCGCUACGGUUUGAUGAGCUACAACUUCUUCACGAACAAUGUUCUCACGUGGAAGAUUAUCGAGGAGGAUGAAUCAUGCCAGCAAGUGCUAGCUCCCGCAAACCAAUACCUAAAAGAGCAGGAAGCGAAGCAAGGGAGCGGCGAAAUCGAUUUAAACAAUCCCCUGGCUAAACCUCGUAUCCCUUACGAGAUCCUGUUCGCGAUCGGUGGCUGGAGUGCUGGUUCCCCGACGAAUUUUGUGGAAACCUACGACACGAGAGCUGACAGAUGGUUUCUAUCAGUGAGCACGGACGCGACGCCGAGGGCCUACCACGGCCUGUGCACGUUGAACAAUUUGAUCUACAUGAUCGGCGGGUUCGACGGCAACCAGCACUUCAACACGGUCAGAUGCUUUGAUCCAGUGACGAGGGAGUGGCGUGAACGGGCGUGCAUGUAUCACGCGAGGUGUUACGUCAGCGUUUGCACCCAUGGAGGAAAGAUAUACGCACUCGGCGGGUACAAUGGCCGCACUAGAAUGAGCUCAGGGGAAAGAUACGAACCGCAAAGGAACCAAUGGGAGAUGAUACCGCCGAUGCACAGGCAGAGAUCGGACGCGAGCGCUGCCGCCUUGCAGGACAAGAUUUACAUCGUCGGCGGUUUCAGCGGUCGUGAAGUUCUGAAUUCCGCGGAGGUAUUCGACGUGGAGACCAAUCAGUGGACCUACAUCCAUCCGAUGAUCAAUCCGCGGUCUGGCGUCUCUUUGGUCGCGUUUCGAGACAGCCUUUAUGCGUUGGGUGGCUUCAACGGCUUCAUCAGGCUUAGCUCUGGGGAGCGUUACAAUCCGAAUCAUUCGGAGGAUUGGCACGCGGUUCCAGAGAUGUUCAGCCCCCGCAGCAAUUUCGCCACGGUCAUUCUGGACGACAUGAUAUUCGUCGUUGGUGGAUUCAAUGGCUCGACAACGAUUGCAUACGCGGAAUGUUACGAUGCGGACAGCAAUGAAUGGUACGAUGCAUCACCGAUGAAUUUGAAUCGUAGUGCCUUGAGUGCAUGCGUAAUCUCUGGUCUCGCGAAUGCACGUGAAUAUUCUUAUCACGGCAAGGCGCGAGAUCUUGGUCAAGGUCAAGCUUCGUCAGAGAAUCAACAGAAAACCAUCCAGGGCGGAGAGGGUGCAGUGGAAACGAAUGCCAAUAUUUCCACCGAAGAAGAGGAGACGGUGAACUUCGAUGAACACGUUCAGAGGGAGGUGAUCCCCAUGAACGAGAUGGCUGAAAGUGUCGGCAAUUAUUUAGGAUAAUCCGACACUGUUCAGCGCGCGAGAUAGAAUUUUCAAAAUUUAAAAAUAUAAAAAAAAAAACAGACAUUAUUUCGGAAGAUGAUUGUUUCACGAAUACGCAAGAUUUUUCUAUCGCCAUUUUAUCAAAAACACUAUGAAAAUAGCAGACAAAUUCAAUUCUAAUGUUUAAUAUGGUGUAUGAAAUAAAUAAUCCGAUGUAUCUUCUAAAUAAUAGUUUCAAUUGAAAAAUAUUUCGAACGAAAGUUAUAUACCUUUAAAGAAGUAUUUUCUUAUAAAAUGAAUAAUGCAUAGAAUAUACACGAUGAUUAAAUUAGUUUUCUUUUUUUUUAAAUU